AGGACGCCGAAAGGAAUAAGGAACUGGAAAAAUUUUUUGAGGAAGGAACGUCCUAGUUCCGUUUUAGUAGAAAGAAUCGUACAGUUUCAGCCAGGAAAGGGGAAAGAAAGCAAAGGAGCCUUUGUGUACAGUCCCAGAACUGGGACUUUCUGCUUCACAUUACCACUAUGGCCCGUUCAAAGAUUUAAAAACCGGUUUUUUUUUUGGGGGGUGCUUUUAAAUUUAAAAGAGUAUGUCAGACAACACGCGGGAGGGGCAGAGGAGGCAAUGUUUCAGGAGCGAGCAGACUGGCAGAAAGGGGAAGGGGUCGAGGCACCCCACUAGUCGCAGCCAGGGCCAGUGCUCCGGUGUCAUCCAGCGGUCGUGUCUCCCCGACAACCCUGCCGUCAUCGUUUGGUGACUCGGUCGGUCUUUUUCUUCCCAGGUCACCUCUGACAUACAGCCAACGGUCGGUGGGUACGUCAGACCUAACCGUUAGUUGGCAGGCCCGGGAGCAAGCCCACUGAAAUCACGUGUCCUCCGACCUGCCCCCUGUCCUUUGGUGAUUUCCCUCACCAAGCGAAGUAUCGCAGCUGUGGGGCUCAGCCACACUGUACCGUUGAGGAAGAGGAACAGAGGGGCGGUCAGGAAAAAAAACGGGGAGAAGGAGGUCAUCGGCCCUCUUCAGCAGCAUGGAGAACAAGUACUGGUGAGGGAGGAGUGGUCGGUUAGCGGUCUAGAGACAAGGUCUGUUCCCUAUCC